AUGUCCAUGUACGAAGUCUCAACCCAUGCAUAUACCAAUGACCCCUCGCAUUACAAGCAGCUUGAUCUAUACAUUCCACAUGCUGGUAGUUCUCAUUCGCCAUUACUUGUCUUCGUGCAUGGUGGAGCAUGGCGAUCCGAGGACAAGGCUGAUCACCGAGCACUUGCUGAAGCGUUUGUUGCACGUGGAUAUCCUGUCGCUGUGACCAAUUACAGAUUGAGUCUAUGUGAAGUUGAAGGCCAACCACCCACUGUACAGCAUCCAGCACAUAUCCAAGACACCCUUGAAGCGAUUGAAUUCUUGGCUCAUCAUCCUCCCAAAAAGAAUGCCUAUGACCCAUCCAAGCUCUAUUUGAUUGGCCACUCAGCAGGAGGACACAUUGUGACAAGCCUGUUGCUAGAUUCAACCUAUGCCAGCAAAGCUCAUGCCUAUGUUCGUGGUGUAGUGGGAGCGGAUGGUAUCUAUGACCUGCCAUUACUACUCAAGACGUAUCCAAACUAUGACUUUGUUGCUCAAGCAUUUGGCUCGGAUCCAUCUCUUUAUGCCGACGCAUCUCCAGUCACUCAAUCUCCCAUUCCAUCACUUAUGCCACCACCACCCAUGCUGAUUGUCCAUAGUCUCGAGGAUGAUCUACUCGAUGUUGAACAAGCCAAUGCCAUGGUACAUCAUUUGCAAAAUAUCGGUGCAAACGUCAAGCUUGAUACAUCCGUCAAAGGCAAACAUUACGACAUGUUGUAUACCAACGAGUUUUAUGAUUUGGUCAUUCGCUUCGUCAAGGACAACAACGGCGUUUAG